GAAUUGAUCUCUCGUAUUCCUUUUCAACGAACUUCCAGUACCUCCUUCUGCCAUCAUCACCAUAUUCCAGUUUCACGUCCAUCCCAUCACACAGUUUGAAUCUUUCUUCGGUGUCUUGCGCACCCACCAGCGUCUCUAUCCAUCCAGAACACCACAAAUAAAGCCUGCCAUUGCCUGCACACCUCGAGCUCCCGACCUCAACUCCCUUCACCUCUUUCCACCUCCCUCCAGCUGAUAGAUUGGCCUACAAACAUGUCCUCAAGAAAAAAGGUUCUAUUGAAGGUCAUUAUCCUUGGCGACAGUGGCGUAGGAAAGACGAGUUUGAUGAACCAAUAUGUCAACAAGAAAUUCUCCACCUCAUACAAAGCCACCAUCGGUGCCGAUUUCCUCACCAAGGAAGUGACCGUCGGCGACCGCAUCGUAACACUCCAGCUCUGGGACACAGCCGGACAAGAACGCUUUCAAUCACUAGGCGUCGCAUUCUACCGAGGCGCCGACUGUUGCGUAUUGGUUUAUGAUGUCAACUCGACAAAGUCGUUUGAAAGCCUCGAUUCGUGGCGCGACGAAUUCCUUGUCCAAGCGAGUCCGCGUGAUCCAGAAAGCUUCCCGUUCGUUGUACUAGGGAACAAGAUUGACGUGGGCGAGGAUCGAAGGAUGAUUACUCAGAAGAGAGCACACGCCUAUUGCCAGUCCCGCGGACAGAUGCCGUAUUUCGAGACCAGUGCUAAGGAGAGCAUCAAUGUCGAACAGGCUUUUGAGGUCAUUGCCAGACAGGCCCUGCUACAGGAAGAAAGUGAGGAAUAUAGUGGCGAUUUCUCCGAUCCGAUUAACAUCAACUUGGAUCAGGAAAGGGAUGGCUGCGCUUGUUGAGUGAGUUUGAUGGCUUGCUUGCUUGCUGAUCACAAGAUGAUGAUAAUCCUGUCGGCGUCGGCGCACUACUGCGGCAUUCGACCGGCCAGGAGGGAACCUCGCCGUUCAAGAUUGGCAUACCCUUGGAGAUUACUUGUCUCUAUAAUCCAUCCUCGUCCUCGGACGACCUUUGGAACAAUCAUACUUUGUUUGAGACGCAGACGAUUACCAUUGCGUUUCCAUUGGAGUUUUAAGGCGCAACUAUGCUAGCGGUCAACAUUGUCUUCUUUUGUACAGAUACAGAAUACAAACCACAUUACUACAUUGGUUUUAUAGGACUUUUAGG